AUGGCGAAAUUUCAGAGGAAAAGAAGUAAGGCUCUUGGGUCAUCUCUAGAGAUGUCCCAGAUAAUGGAUGCAGGCGCAAACAAAAUUAAAAGAAGAAUAAGAGAUUUAGAAAGAUUACUAAAAAAGAAAAAGGAUAUAUUGCCCUCCACUGUGAUAAUAGAAAAAGAAAGAAAUUUGCAAGCUUUACGGUUAGAAUUGCAGAAUAACGAACUCAAGAAUAAAAUCAAAGCCAAUGCUAAAAAAUAUCAUAUGGUGAGAUUCUUUGAAAAGAAAAAAGGAUUAAGAAAAUAUCACAGAUUACUAAAGAAAAUAAAUGAAUCUGGAACAGAAGAUAAGGAUCUACAGGAAAAAUUGAGGGCCACUAAAAUUGAACUAUGUUACGUGAUAAAUUUUCCCAAAACUGAGAAGUACAUAGCAUUAUACCCAAAUGAUACACCAUCUACAGACCCAAAGGGUGUAGAAUUGACGAAUAUCAGAAGAGAACAAUUUUUAAAGUUAGUAGCUAAAAAAAUGGAUGAAAACGCUCUACAGGUAUCCUUUGAAGAAAUUCUAAUGGGUAAGAAAUUGGAUGAAGAUUCUAUUGGAUUAACAUUAUCACCAAAAGAAGACCAUAAGGAUGAAUCACACGCAUCAUCGAUAAAGGACAGAAAAGAGCUGGAACAAGUCGAGGGACAAGAUGAAAAAGAUGACUUUUUUGAAUAA